GUUUGCAUAAGAAAAGAACCAAUCCAAUGAUCUCCAUGUGCAUACCAAAGCAUCUCUCUAUUACUCUUUAAAGUAAUCCAAAGUCGAGACCACAAACACUCACGACUUCACUCAAAAAUCAUUAUAUAAAUAUAUUUCUCUCAUUUACAGAGAUGCUUUUCUUCUGGAUCACAAUCAUCACUAAUUGCACUAUACGCUAUGUUUCAGCUUUUCUUCUUUUUCUCUCUAAUACAAUGUCCUUUGAAUCUCUUUUUACAUGUACUCUUGUACAUGACUCAUGUGCUUGUGAUUCUAAAAUAAUGCACCUUUCUUUUUCUUUUUUCUUCUUUCAUAGCUUUUAUAUAGAGUAAUCAAUCUCAUCACAUGUGUGUUUGUUCCCAUUUCUCAAUUCCCAAGUUCUUUAUCCAAAUUGUUCUGAAACAUAGAGAGAAACAAUGGGUGUUACAGGAGGAUUAGUCAGAAGCAUUUUCUUCAGGAACAAAUCAUUUGGAGCUCAUGACUACAACAAUGGAAGAGGCAAUCUAGGAGAGAAGAAACGAUGGAGCUCGGUUAGAUCAUACCUUUGCGGAGAUGAAUUUAACUCUGUUCGCGCUGUGAAUGAUUCAGAAUCGAUAAAGGAUUCUGAGGCUCUUCUUACAAUGUCUCAGCAACUGAGUUCAGAGUUCGGUAUGCCUUUUGGUUCGGUUAUCGCAAUCGAAGAUUCAGCUUCUGUGAGACAUUUGGAGGAUGAGGACUCUGGUUCCGUUAAGAGCUCUGAGGCAACAGUGACUCAACCUUUACUGGAGGAGAAAUCGAAAGGACUGGAUUGUUAUCUAAAAGAAGAAGAUGUUGAAGAUAACCAAAGCGAAGCAACAGAGACACACAUACCCAAGAAGCAUCAGACUACUCCAAUCUCCAAGUUGUUCCUCGAAGAAGACGCUGCAGUCAUAAUUCAGUCAGCAUUCAGGAGUUACCUGGCAAUACGCCGGAGCAAAGAAGAAGAGGAAACAUUUGCUAAGGAGGAGAGCUUCUCAGGAGAGGAAUCUCAAGACAAUGCAUCCAUGGGGACAUCACUAGAAGCUCAGACAGGUAAUUCCGUGAAAGCACCAUUUUUCAGGAGAAAGCGAGUAUCUGCGAAUCGAAGAACACUACAGAAGAACAACACUCAAGUUCUGAGGAUAAAGGAAGACUGGGAUGAUAGUACAGUGAGCAGCACCAUAUCAAAAUCAAGGAUUCAAAGCAGAGUCGAAGCAAUGACAAAACGGGAGAGAGCACUUGCGUAUGCAUUUUCACAGCAGCUAAGAAUUUGCUCAAAGAAGAAACAAAUAGAUCGUAGCAGUGAAGAUGAUUCCAAUAUCGGUUGGAGUUGGUUAGAACGCUGGAUGGCAACCCGUGUACCAGACAGCAUUCCAAUUGAACCAAGAACAGAUGUUGCAACGAAAAAUCAAAGCUUGAUAAGAAAGAAUAGAGCUUUUGGUACAGCUGGCGAGUUGGAGAGCUGUGCUUCCAACGACCUACCUCUCCAUUUUGAAAGCAUAUCAGAGACACAAGGAGAUGCAACUACAGUUUUGCAGACCGAAAAAAGUAGUUUUAAACCAAGUAUAUCUAAGCGUAAAUCUGUUCCAAGCUACAAAAGCCAGAGAAAGCAUCACAAGCUUCAGGCCACCAAAAGUGAUCUGCAACAACAAACAAAGAAAGCAAAGAAGGCCAAAACCACACCCACAAGCUGCAAAACAGGAAACGAAUGCGAAGAAACCUCACAUAAGCUAAAUAGCAGCACCUAAGAUAAGCAUUACCUGUAAAUCUUUGCAUUUAAAUCACAAAAGUUUGUUCUUUCGAAUCAGAUAACAACUUUCUGUAAAUUAUUUAGGGAUUCAAAUCAAACCAGUAAUAGUAAGGGAUAAGAAACUGGAAACCCCAGAAAUACAUAACA